AUGUUGCAGCCCUUCAGGUAUGGAAUUUCUGGAGGGGAUUUCCGACAAAGAACCUUGACAAAGCUAACAGUUAUCAACUCACUGCUCGGACGUGCUCUGCUUCAGAGUUUACACGUAAAAGUUGGAGACAAAGCUGAACUUACCAAAGCUUUCACACAGAAUGAUAUUAUUACUUUCUCUGAUUUAACAGGUGACACAAAUCCUUUGCAUUUAAAUGAAGAUUUUGCAAAGAAGUCUAGGUUUGGGAGAACUAUUGUGCACGGAGUUUUGAUCAAUGGACUUAUUUCUGCAGUUCUGGGUACUAAAAUGCCCGGUCAAGGUUGUGUAUUUCUUUCUCAGGAGAUCCGAUUUCCAGCUCCUUUGUAUACUGGAGAAGAAGUCACAGCUGCAGCGGAAGUUAAACGACUGAAGGGUUCUAUUGCGCACAUUUCAGUGUCGUGUAAAGUCAAAGAAAGUGGAAAGACUGUUAUGGAAGGGCUGGUGAAAGUCAUGGUGUCAGACAGUUAGAGCUGUUGAUCCUCUGUUGCUUUGCUAUAAAGGUCAGAAA